GGCUACAUUCAUUAAAAUCAAAAGUUGAGAAUAAAAUAAAAAAUGAAUUAAAAAAUGUGAAAAGUUUAGUUUGUACCACUUAUGGUUGGUCUUCAAUGGCACAAAACUCAUACAUAUCAUUAACUGCUCACAUAAUAAAUAACGAAUGGUUACCAAAGUCAUUUACUUUAGCCACACAAAAGAUGGAAGAACAACAUACAGCUGUAAAUCUAGCAGAAAAAUUAACACGUAUAUUAGAUGACUGGGAAAUUAAUGGUAAAGUUUCAACUGUUAUCACAGAUAAUGCAAAAAAUGUGGUAAAUGCUGUCAAAUUACUACUUCUUACUAUAGACAAUGAAAACAUGGAUGUGACAUGCGCAGCUCACAGUCUACAAUUAGCCAUUAGUACUGCAUUAAAAGAUGAAAUAUUUUCAGAACUAAUAAAACAAUGCAGUUCUUUAGUUGGACAUUUCAAACACUCAAAUGUAGCUAAACAGUCAUUAUUUAAAAAACAAGAACAUUUAGGAAUUUCCUCAUCAGUUACUGACAGAACUGUUACGUCUUUGUAUAUUGCUCAAAAAUUAGAAAUAACAGAAUCACAAUGGUUAAAAAUAGAAAUUCUCCCUCUAGGUGCAUCACGCCGUAAAAUUAUAGAUCAACAAGUUCUGAAAAUGGUUGUGAAAAAAUACUAUCCCUUCAGUAUUGUUGAAGAUAGAGAAUUUGUACAGUUUUUAAAUUUGUUAAAUCCCGGUUAUACUCUUGCAUCGAGAAAAACGUUGUUGAAAUCAUUAUUACCUAUAAUGUAUAAUGAAAUACAUGAUAAAGUGAAACAAGACAUAAAAGACCAUGCAAAAUAUGUAAGCAAUACCACCGAUAGUUGGACUUCUAUUAAAAAUGAAAAUUAA